AGACGAAGCUCAAAAAUGAUCAACAGCAAGUCUCCUCUCGUUCACACCACUGUAGUUCAUGACUAUGGUUCUACAACCAUACACUUCUGCCAGCACGUCCCAAGAUGAUGGAGCAAUCAAUAGACGACUCAAGGUCCAAGGGUUCAUCGCCAAUAAUGCCGGGAUGCUAUACAUUAUAGCUUCCCAGUUUUUUUUCGCUCUCAUGAAUCUGUCGGUGAAGAUGUUGAACAGCUUGGAGCCUCCGGUGCACGCAUUUGAAGUCCCUGAUCCAAUCUUUGGCCCAGAGGUGUUUCGAAUGCUAUUGAUAAUCCGUGGGAUCACCGGGUUUUUUGGAUUAUGUGGACUGUAUAUGUCGCUUCAGUAUCUAUCUGUUGCAGAUGCGACAGUCCUGACUUUCUUGACACCUCUUACAACGGCGAUCACUGGGUGCCUCCUCCUUAGGGAGGGCUACUCCGUCAUUCAAGCUGUCGCGGGAGCUUACUUGUGUUGUCCUCAUCGCUCGCCCCCAUUUCUAUUCAAGUUCGUGCCAGGCGCUAAUCCCGACGGAUCCUACUUCUCGGAUACAACUCCGGUGCAAAGGCUUGCUGGCAUUGGCGCAGGUAUGAUCGGUGUUGUUGGAGGCCACUGGGGCAUGUAUGUAUAUACAUCGAUUCGCGCAAUUGGGAAGCGAGCUCAUCCGAUGCAUGUAAUGACAUUCUUUUCCUUGUGGUGCACCAUCAUCGCAUAUUUGGGGAUGGUCGUCUUCGAGAUUCCUGUUGUAUAUCCUAGAUCAUGGAGAUGGUCACUUCUUUUGCUCAUGAUUGGUGUCUUUGGCUUCCUAGCACAGGCUCUCUUGACAUUGGGGUUGCGGCGAGAAACUGUAUCACGCGGUUCUACUGGGGUGUAUAUCCAGAUAAUUUUUGCUGUAGUGCUUGAACGCCUAAUCUUCGGAGUUGUGCCGUCUUUACUGUCAGUUAUCGGGGCCGCUAUCAUUGUGUCUUGUGCUGUCUGUGUCGUUUCGACAAAGCCAGUACCUACCCCUGCCAAUACCGUUGACAGUACGGCGUAACAUAUCGGAACUCUUGAACUUUCGCAGGUCCAUAUAAAGCCUGUAAUUGCUCUCAUACUCUUGUAGCGCUUUUAAUUUUUUGCGUUCGUUCAUCUACCUUCAGACAAAAGUCUGAACGCC